AUGGUGUUUGAGUCAAUUGUGGUGGAUGUAUUAAACAGAUUUCUUGGAGAUUAUGUAGAAAAUCUGAAUAGAUCCCAACUAAAGCUUGGAAUAUGGGGCGGCGACGUUGUAUUAGAAAAUUUAAUACUGAAGCAGAAUGCCUUGGAAGAGCUCAAUAUUCCAGUUCAAACAGUGUAUGGACAUUUAGGAAAACUCGUUCUUAAAAUACCAUGGAAGAACUUAUACGGUGCGUCUGUGGAGGCAACUGUGGAUCGGUUGUUUUUGAUCAUCAACCCAACGGCUGAAGUUAUUUACGAUGCUGAGAAAGAAGAGAAGAUGGCCCUAGCCUCGAAGCAAGCGGAACUCGCGAGGGUAGAAGAAGCUAAGAAAAGAGAAGCGGAAAAAGACGAAAACAAACUGAAUGAGACAUUCGUUGAGAAGCUGGUCACGCAAAUAAUAAAAAAUGUUCAGCUCAAGAUCACCGACAUUCACGUCCGCUACGAGGACAGUAUAACGAAUCCCAAGGCUCCGUUUUCCUUCGGCGUAACUCUUCACAACCUAUCCGUCCAUACUACUGAUGAGAAUUGGAAACAGACAGUCAUACAGGAGGCUGUCACUAAAAUUUUCAAGGUACUUAAUUUGGAAGGAUUGGCGAUUUACUGGAAUCCCGCCACUGAACUUUAUUCUAAGAGUAGCCCAGAUGAUAUUAGGACGAGGCUACAAAAUGAAAUCGCUACUAAAACAUCGCAACCAUCUUUCUAUAAAUAUGCUCUGGGGCCAAUAAAUGCUACAGCAAAGCUGAAACUAAAUCCCAAACCAGAAGGCGACACUCCGAAGUUUAGCAUACCAAAAGUGAUAUUUAGCCUUCACAUGGAACAGCUGUCAGUGAGUUUAACGAAGGCUCAGUAUCAAGAUAUGAUGCUCCUUGCUGACUCUAUGGAUAGAAUGGCUAAAGGCAUGCCUUACAGAAAAUACCGUCCUGACGUGAAAAUAUACAAAGGCCACUACAAAGAGUGGUGGCAUUUCGCUUACAAGUGCAUUUUGGAGGAAGAUGUACGGCGCCAACGUAGAAACUGGCAAUGGGCUCAUAUGCUCUCUCAUAGGCAGCUGUGUAAGAGCUACGCGACCGCCUACCAUUCGAAACUCAGCAACAAUGGAAAAGUGUCCACCGAAAACCAGUGUGUGAUAAAUGAGGCUGAGAAAAAGCUUGAUUUAUUCAACCUGGUUGUGAUUAGACAACAAAUCGAGUUGGAGGUGGAAAGACUGGGGAAACUGGAAGCAGAGGCGAACAAAUCUCGAGGCUGGUUUAGCGGAUGGUGGGGCGGCGGUUCUAAAUCGGAGGAGUUGGCGGAGGGCACUGCUAUACUGAAACAAUUUGAAAAGGCUAUGACGCCGGAGGAGAAAGACAAGCUCUUCCGCGCUAUAGACUACCAGGAGAACACGGCGCCGCUCCACCUGCCCACAGAGUAUGUGGCCAUAGAGGGUCACUUCCGUUUAGAUCGACUGCAGGUUUCCGUGAACGAUAUAGCUGAAGUUUUGAAGGCAUCUGUCGAUAACGUGAUUGUUGAUAUGAAACAGCGACCUAGUGCCAAUGCGUUAAGAGUCGAUGUCCUAAUGCAGGCAUUCACGGUAUCAGGUGUGCAGCAAGGUGACUUCGUACCCCAGCUGGUCGUCUCUAAGGAAGUCACUCAGUACGUUAACUUGCUUAACGUGGUGUUCGAAACAAACCCACUCGAUGGUGCGUGCGAUCAGAGAAUAAAAGUGUCCGCUAAACCGCUUCAAAUAGUGUACGACGCACAAACGGUCAUAGAGAUCGUUAACGUGUUCAAACCGCCCACCGAAUCUUCAGCUUUAACAACUUUACAAGCGGCCGCUGAGAAUAAACUAUCGGACUUGAAGGAGAAGUCAGCUCUAGGAAUGCAAUAUGCCGUCCACCAUCAUACGUUCAUAGAAUUGGAUGUUGAUAUAGCCGCUUCCUAUAUUAUUGUGCCGCAAACCGGAAAGUAUAGGGGCGAAGAGGCAUGCUUGGUAGUGAAACUCGGUGCUAUAAGCGUCAAAUCCGAACCGCGCUCGCAGGAACAACUCAACGUUCACAAACUUUACAAGGACGGACUGGCCGAUGAAGAGAUCAUGCAGGAGAUCGCACAUCACAGCUACGACAAAAUGGCGCUCAAAUUCACCGCGAUGCAGAUCGUAAUAGCACAGUCGAAGGAGAAUUGGCAAGACGCGAUCGCUUCUCAGGAACCGACUCCCCUGCAUUUGCUGCAGCCCAGCAAUCUGCUAAUACAAAUACACAAGUGCCUCAUCACCAACGAUCCUCGUUUGCCUAAAAUAAGAGUACGAGGGGAACUAGAGAAAGUGGCUAUCAGCGCCUCUGAGGAUAGGUUAUUGACGCUUUGUGAGAUUAUUGUCAGCAUGCCUUUACCACAGUCAGAGGAAUCUACACAAUUAAAGCCAAGUGAGUCUAAGGGUUCAAGUUUAUCGUUAUUGAAAUAUCUUGACCCUGUAGAGAAACAGAAAAGAGAUUCUGCUAGAUCGAAUCAAAGAAACUCGGACGAACAAUCCAUUCAACUCACUGAAGUAGAAGCUUUCUUCAUUAUGAAAGAGUUGGUGCUCAGCGUGAACCGUAAGAUUUCCGAGUCAGGGACGCACGACAGAUUCUUAGUGUUUUCCCUUAACCAGUUGGAACUAACUGCGGUUCAGAAGACGUUCACAUUGGAGGCCACAGUACGCCUCGGCUCUGUGGGCCUCCAGCACCAUAGAGUGGGCUGUCAAGUCAUAGACAUGAUAGAAACGCCCGAUGUCGAUGUGCCUGAUAAGACGACAGCAAUCGUUACUGAAGACGGUGUUUGCAAUCAAUACCUGUUCGCAGUCACUUACAGAAAUGUUGAUAAAAAAUGUCCGGAGUUCCGGAGCCAUUAUGGUUCUGUAGAACAGAUGAUUGAGCUCAAUUUCGCUACUUUACGGGUGUUGCUCCAUCAAGAAGGUCUUCAAGAGAUCUUAGUUAUCAUCAACGAAUACCAGACGAGAUUACAAUCUGUUCAAAGCACAUUGGAUCGCACUGCAAACGCAGGACCUUUAGAAACUAUUAUGGAAGAUGAGGAAUUUAACGCAGCAAAAUCUAAAGUGAGUGUAGCGAAGCCGUCGCGACGUCGGCAAGUGGAGAGUAUCCAAAUGAAAGUGAACGUUAAGAUAGACGCAAUAGAGAUAUUUUUCGCGACCGACCGGCGCCCGUUGUCGUGCGUUCAGCUUAGAGGCGCUACCACUGGGUUGGUUAUGAAGAGUUCUUACAUGCAAGUCGACUGCACUAUUGGUUCCAUCACCGUCGAGGAUCUAAAUCCUGUUACUAUCCAUAAAGAGAUACUGAAAGUGUUGGGCGGUGACAUCAUUAACGUGCAAGUGGUGAUAUACAACUUAGAGCAUUACCCUUCAGAGAGUGACGUCAACAUGUCCAUCGAUGCACAAAUCAACUGUCUCCGGAUCAUAUUCCUGAACUGGUUCGUCACUUCCAUGCUGGAAUUCCUCAAUAAUUUCCAAACUGCUCAACAAGCUAUAAUCGAAGCGUCAUCGCAAGCAGCGGACGCUGCACGCGCCAACGUACAGAAUGCUUACCAAAACUCGACCAAACUAGCGCUUAAGAUUAGACUCGCCGCACCCUUAAUCAUUGUACCAGAAAACUCGACAAGUCGCAAUGCUAUGCUCCUGGAUUUGGGUAGAAUGACCCUGAACAACAAAUUCAUCGACAUUCAUACUGCAGACGCCACUAACAAAGUGACUGUGGACGAACUUACUCUCGAAUUAGAGGAUAUGAAGGUCUCGUGCGUACAAUUAGGAGAUGAGCAAACUAGCAUCAGCCAGGAGAGGAAACUGCUCAGGCCGAUCAGCUUCAAUCUGUUGGUGAAACGCAGUUUGUCCACGUGGUAUGAGAGUCUGCCCGACCUGGAUGUUUCUGGAAGGAUAAAGACUAUAGCUAUUACUGUUGGACACAGUGAUUACAAGAGCAUAAUGAAAAUUCUCAAUCAGAAUUUACAAGAAGGUCAAAAAAAAGCUGAGGAGAUCAAAGCCAAGGAAAACGUACCUAAAACGACCUCUAAAUCUGCGGUCAAAUUCCAAUCUCAGAGCAGUAAAGUGACAACUAAGUCAACAGUGGCCGUUGUUAAUACAAACGAAGCCAAAAAGCCGAGAACCACCAUCAAGUUUUCGUUUACAAUGGACAGUUUCGUUAUCGAUUUGUUGAACACCGUUACAAGCUCGGAAGACCUGAUUUUCGUGAAAGACGUGGAGCUGGCUCGUUUCUGCCUGGCCUUGCUCUCGGUGAAGGGGCGAAUGUUCUCAGACGGAUCCAUGCAUACUUCUGUACUGUUAGUUGACUGCACUCUAGAUGACACCAGGCCGGGAAGAGGCGCCAAGAUCACCAGGUACCUCGAGCGGCGUCAUAAAAGGGCCGCAUCAAUCACUACACCGACUGCUGACGAAUCUACAGACGUCAUAAUGGAAGCCCAAGAUAAAAUCCGCAGUAUGAUCGACAUAACAUACACUCUAAAAAAUUCGGAUACUUUCAUCGACAUGAGGAUUUUUAGUUUUAACCUGAUAUUGGCUAUGGAUUUCCUGAAUAAGAUAGCAGAGUUCAUGACAACUGGGAUGGCCGAAGACGCGCCAGCUAUCAAGUCUGGUAAAGAGGAAGUGAAAGUAGUCAGAUCUGAAAAAUCGGCCGAAAGUAUGCAGAAGAAAAAGACUUCAGUGGCUUCGGGGCCUUCUGUGAGUGAGCAACCGCAGAAAGUCUCAAUGAUGACAGUCAACGUAAAAAUCGAGCAGCCUGAUAUACUACUAGUCGAAUCAUUGGAGUCUAAGAAAUGUGACGCGCUCGUGUUGAACAUGGAAGCCCGUUUCAAACUGCGCAAGACCGAAGAGCGCAUGGUCGCCGACGGCGGAAUAUCGAGCCUGCAGAUGGUGAUCAGAACGUUGGGCGAGGCGGAAACCACGCCGCGGUACUUACUGGCGCCUGCGCAUCUCUCCCUCGCGCUGUCGCAGCCGCCUGACAGCGGCAUGCACGUGGACAUCUCCGUGUCCGCCAUCAAGCUGACCGUGUCGCCCGAUAUUAUAGCGUUACUGAAUCGCGUGAUGGCUACAAUCACAAGCACUGAGGAAGAUACUACACAACAAGAAAACAAAGCUAUAUUCUACAAGGAUCUGUGGACCAUGCAGCCUUUCAAACCCAAUUCUUACUGGUUCCUCAAAACAGAAGAGGCAGAAGAAGCGUUGAACGUAGAAGAACUAUCGGAGGUGCGCGAAACUCCGCCUCCUUCAGGCGAGAUCUGCUUGUUGUCCAGUCCUUCUAUAGUGGUUUCACUGGAAAUGGACAUCGGUAACGAGACUAUACCGGUUUUGGUAAUGCAGGCAUCCCUCACUGGACAGCUGAAGGACUGGAGCUCAGAUUUCUAUAUGGAGUCGACAUGGGCCAUGCAGGUGUCUUAUUAUAACAUCGGACGCGCAGUUUGGGAGCCACUGAUAGAGCCAGUGGAAGUUCUUAAAGACUAUCAGUACAAACAUGUGCCAUGGGAAUUGAAGAUGGAGGUAGUAAUGCAUGCCCAAGAGAGUCAAGCGUCGAUCGACACUACGGACGAGGCGGCUAACAUGCAAGCUGUGGCCCAACGCCAGGCUAACAAGACCAUCACUAUAUCCAGUAGCGAGCCACUGGAGAUCACCAUUACUAGGAGUGGAAUGGAGGUGCUAACACAAUUAGGUAACUCAUUUUCAGCGGCCAUAGCUGAAACUACCACAAUGAAAUCUAAGGCGGAUAUGAAUAAUGGUUCUGCUUCGAAAUACUUUGGUGCACCGUACGUCUUACACAACUGUACCGGGCUCACUGCUAAGCUGAUGUUGCAAGAUAAUCACGAUUUCUCAGUAUUCCUCACCGAUGAAUACGUAGCUUCUGAUUACCGUGAAGUGGUACUGGAAUCUGGUGCUAGCGUUCCUCUGCAGUUAAAACACGGUGGCCUCAACUUGAUGAAACUCAAUGAGCCACCACCGCCUCUUAAAUUAAACGUUCAGAUAGUAGAAAUGAAUGAAGAAGUCCGUAUACCGGUAGAACGUGCGGACAAACGUUACUUCACUUUGGGCCGGAAGCAACCUGGAGGCAGUUUAGAGAAGAAUGUACCGCAUGUAGCAGCCGCGGAACCUAGAGGACUCAUAUCCGACAUCGUUAUGCAGGAAGCGGCGCUGCAAAUCUACCUCAGGAGCAUUGUACAGGUCACCAAUACGCUGUCGGUGAACGUGUCAGUGUAUUACAUGACGCUGAGCGGUAACGAAGUGCGGUUAUUGGGCGAGGUGAAGCCGUCUGGUGUUAUGAGGCUGCCACUGCAAGCAGUCCACACCCCCACUGCGGAGAUAUUCUUCUCGGUCGAAGGUUUUACCGUAUCCGUGUCUCCGUUUAUAUGGCGCGAGCUUCAGCAGGAGGUUAGGAUAUCGAAGCUGCUCCAGUGCGACUCGAAAGACAAACUCAGUGGCGAAAAGUUUUACUUAAAGGCUGUAGGUACAAUGGAACAAGUUUUCUACGAGCAUUCCAACAGGCAUACGUUCGCUUCGUCAUGCUAUGAUAUAGUCCUGAAACCAGCGGUGAAACUGCAAAAUUGUUUGCCCGUUGACAUAGUGGUCUCGCAACUAGGACUGCAGCGGACGCAGACGUUCAAACCAGGAGAGAUGUUCCAUUUGUCGCAUCUCGCCCCUAACAAAGCUUCUGUCGUUAUAAUGAUACAAAACUACCUGGACAAAUGCUGGGUGUGCACAAAGAACUUACCCGACUCAGACUCAGAGUUGUCGGUGUGGACGUUCGAUUCUCAUGACAGUCCUUCAGUGAUGAAUCUAGACCUUGGAAUGCACAAUGUGGACUCGGAGGGAACGCAGAUGCUCUCACUGUAUUGUCCCUUCUGGAUGCUCAACAAGACCGGAUUCACGCUUUGCUAUAGGAAAUCAAAGAAACCAGAAAAAAACUGCAGCACUCCCAACAAGAACGUCGACGAGACUGGCAACGUAAUAUUCCAUCCCAAGGAUUACAAGGAGCCCGUAUUGUUUUCGUUCCGAGCUAAAAACUUUUUCGGCAAAAAGAAGGCUGCCAUUAGAAUCGAGUUCGGCGAAUGGUCCGAUAAGUUUUCGCUUGACGUGCCCGGGAGCUCUGGUGUGGUUAUAUGCAAAUAUGAGGGUAGAACAUACCAGGUGGCGGUGACGAAUCAACUAACGUUUAACAGCUUAACGAAAAUGGUGGUAUUCACGCCGUUUUUCCUCAUAAUCAAUGAGGCGCCAUUUGCGAUACAGUACCAAGAACUCCACAGACCUGGUGAUGCUUGGAGAGAGGUGGAGAAUAAGUCGAGUGCGCCUCUAUGGCCGGUCGUAGAGAAGGAAGACAAGCUUUUACUGCUGCGCGUGUCUGGCUCUACUGAUCACGGGGCGCCAUUCCUCUACACCGAACAAAAUAGCGUGUGUCUGAAGCUCAACAACGAAUACGGUGGGCUUCACGUAGAGGUGCAGUUGAGUGAAGGCGGCACUUACAUAAUGGUGCGUCAGUAUCGCGAUGGUCACGCGCCCGCAUUGCUCGUCAACUUCACGCAACUCGCCGUCACCGUCUACGAGAAGGAAAACGUCAACGUCAAAAAAAUACCACCCAUGAAUAAGAUGUUAUUUACUUGGGAUAAUCCAGCGGGACCACGAGUGCUUAUAUUCGAAAGCCACAAGAGGAAAGAAAUCGAAAACGACCUAAGGCAAGAUGGAAUUGGCGAAUUUGCCAUAAACGAAACGAAGAAGAUAUCAUGGGUGUCUUUCCUUGACGGAUUACAAAGGGUGGUGCUAUUUACCGACGAUCCGAUUCUAGCGAGCGGCGCUCACACCAUAGGCGAGGCGGAAAUGGUGGACACUGAGAUAUUGCUUUCGAUGCAGGGCAUGGGACUCUCGCUGGUCAACGACCCCGAGCUCUUGGAGAUUGUCUACAUCAGCAUAUCGCACUCCGGUAUUAUAUGGGAGCAAUGUAAAAUUGGUGCUCGGCGGUACAAAAAGAUCGAAGGUGCUAAGUCGCUACAACUCGAGGACGCUUACCAAACCUAUCUUACCGAGAAAAUGGUGGGCGAGACAGAGUCAGCGCGAGUGAUCAUCGACGAGAAGAUUGAAGUGGACUUUGAAGAGAUGCGCAUAAUAAAACCGACGCCGCGUUUACUUCGCCGCAAUCUGCAACCCGGCUUAUGGGCUUCGUACGGCCUCUCACCGCACUCGAGACGGUUGCACGCUCGUCUGCACAGAUUGCAGAUAGAUCAACAACUCCCCUUACCAACGUUCCCAGUGGUUUUAGCCCCGGUGCCACCGCCGCGGUCUAUUGCGAAUGACGACCCUAAUGGAAUGAAACCAUUUAUCGAAGUUUCUAUCGUGGAACGCAUCAUGGAGCAUAGUAAAGUCCGCCAGUACAAAUACUAUAAGAUGUUGAUUCAAGAGUUCCACGUUAAAGUCGACAUGGGUUUGAUUAAUGCGCUCAUGGGAAUGUUCCCGCAGACAGUACUCACCGAACAGGAAGCGCUGGAUGCAUUCCAAGCAGAUUUAGAAAAAGCAGGACAACCUUUAGAAGCUUUAGCUGCACAGGGUGUAGCCUCCGACCAAAAGAAUUUCUAUGACAAUUUGCAUUUAUCUCCCCUCAAAGUUCAUGUUUCGUUCUCACUUGGUGGAGCGACGCAAUUACCAACUUUCGUUGGUACGUUACUACAGAGUAUUGGUGUUACAUUAACGGACAUGAAUGAUGUUGUGUUUAAGUUAUCUUACUACGAACGCAACUACGAAUUCUUAUCCCAAAAAGAGUUAAUAGCUCAAGUACAGAGUCAUUACACUGGGCAGGCUUUGAAACAACUCUACGUCUUAGUACUGGGGCUGGACGUAAUAGGUAACCCAUAUGGACUAGUAAUUGGGUUAAAGAAGGGAGUUGAAGAUCUCUUCUAUGAACCGUUCCAGGGAGCAAUUCAAGGGCCUGGUGAAUUCGCCGAAGGGUUGUUCUUAGGAGUGCGAUCCCUCGUGGGCCAUACGGUUGGUGGGGCGGCGGGGGCCGUGUCUCGUAUCACUGGCGCCAUGGGUCACGGGUUGGCUGCCCUGUCACUUGACAAGGACUACCAAAGACGGCGUCGUGAUAAUAUUAACAAACCACCCGCAAAUCUUCAAGAAGGUCUCGCUCGCAGUGGAAAAGGGCUAGUUAUGGGCGUGGUUGACGGUAUCACUGGCGUGUUCACGAAGCCUAUAUCGGGCGCUCGCGACGAAGGCGUGGAGGGGUUCUUCAAGGGGCUGGGUAAAGGCGCCGUGGGCCUGGUCGCUAGACCCACCGCUGGAGUGGUCGACUUCGCGUCCGGAUCAUUGGACGCCGUCAAAAGAGCCGCAGAUCUGUCCGAAGAAGUGACGAAACGUCGGGCGGCUAGGUACUUACCAGCAGAUUCUGGCGUAAAACCUUACUCCCGUCUACAAGCGGAAGGCUAUAAGAUGUUAUCUGAACUGGAAAAGGGCAAGCUAGUCAGCACGGAUAUAUAUGAAGCCCACGUGUGGGUGAUACCCGCCAAAGAAGUGGUGAUGUGCACAGACAAGCGACUUUUGUACCUCGAGCGGAAUAACGUUUUCGGCGGGUGGCAGAUCGUUUGGACGUACCUGUGGUCGGAGAUUCCAGAAGUGCCAACAGCCGUCAACAAAGGCGUUUACAUACCUACUGCUAAGAAGAAGGUGCUAGGGAUGUUCCCCUCCUCGAGUUCCGGGAAAGUUAUAUUUUUGUACGACGAGCAACAGAAGAAGUAUUUGCUCGCUCAGUGCGAUAGACUAAUGCGUUCGGCCCGUUGA